CGCCGGGAACUUGCCGCGCGGAAGCCUGGCGAAUUGCGUUCGGUUUCCCGCGCGUGGGUUGAGCGUGCGCGGGCAUAAGUUGUGUUUGCCUUGCCAUGGCCAGCGCGCGUUAGGAAUCUGGCCGAUCUACUAUGGCAGGUGCCUCUUCGCACCCUUCUCGCCUGUGAAACUUUGAUGGGCAUGACUGCUGUUGGUGAGAUUCAGUGAUUGUAUACAGUAACCAUCGGCUACCAGGAUCCACCGAGUCUUAGGAGAUAAUGAACAUUAAAUACGUAAUUGAAGGGGCAGCCUCGGAAACGUAGCUUUCCUACGAAGGUCCCUACUUAUUUCACCUUUCUUCUCUUGUAGACAAAUGCUGGAAUCAACUUGCAUUUCAUCGUAAUGCUUGCCAGUAGUAGCUAAUAGCGAGUUUGCAACAAAGCAAACGGCGAAUGUGCUUUCUUAUAUCAGAAGUUGAUGCAGUAUGUACAACAGAUACGUUGCCAGCAAUAUGCAGUCUUCAAAGAACAAUAAUGUAGACUAUUCAGAAGCAUUCUAUAAACCUAUAUUACCUGUCCAGAAGACUAGUGCUGAGAUAAUAAAUGAAGCACGGAGUGCACUAAGGACGUUAAGAACUCAAAGGCCAUUUACACCAAGAGAUGAACGAAGGAAACUUUUUGGUUCCACCUCUUCAAGAACACCUGAAAAUAGACCACCUUCUGCUUUUAGUCUCCACUCUUCAAGCUUUGAGUCAGUUGAGUCAAGGCCUGUCUCUUGUGCACGCCUCAGCCCACUGGACCAUAAGCCAAAAUUAUUGUCAUCAGCCUCUAAUUAUGAAGACUAUUGUGUUUCCCCACCUGUAUCACCAGUGGAUUCAGAGGAGAUCAGAAAAGUCAGCAAUGCUCGUGCAAGGUUGUUUAAAAAUGUUUCCUGUGGAAAUCUACUUCCAGAUAAACUAUUUCUUCCCAAUGACUGUAAGAGGCUGUAUUUUGAAGAGCAUUUUAUUCCAAGGAGUGAUCAUGAAGGUUUUUCACAAAAGCUGCCGGUCCAGUUCAGCAUCAGGGAUGCUGGUCUUCCAAUAGUUUAUAUAGACCAUCAUAAUAAGACAGUAGGAGAAGAAUUUUUUCCACAAGUGAGAAACAUACCAUUUCCAGCACAAUUCAGCAGGCAAAGUGACCAGUUUAAUAAACAAGAGUCUCCUUUAUCAUAUCCAGACUAUACUGAAAUGACUAAAUCGGCAACUAAAUCAGAAAAUAAUUUGGAAGCAAAUGAAAUGGAAGAAGAAGAAGAAGAAAGCUAUUGGAAAAUAAAAGUUUUACCAAUUUUACAUAUAUUAGAGAUUGAAAACAAUGUAGAAAGACUUUGCGAUGCCUGCACUAUUCUUUAUCAAACACUGGAAGAAGGAAAUAUGCUUGGCAAGCGAUUCAAGAGACGAAAUUUACUGUUGAAGAUGUUAUAUAAAUUAGUUGAUGUUACUUCAGAUCCUCUUGGCUUGAAAUUAGCAAAAAUCAUUCUGGGUCUGAAAGUGAGUGGGAAGAAUCUGCUUAAUGUUUGCAAAUUAGUAUUUAAAAUCAGCAGAAGUGAAAAAAAUGAUUCCCUUAUUGAGAACGACCAAAUAUUGGACUCUCUGCUUGAGAUUCUGAAAACUGAAGAUUUGCAAACAAACACUGAAGCUUUUCUUUAUUGCACUGGUGCUAUAAAAUUUAUUUCUGGCAAUGCGAGUCUCAUUAAUGAAAUGGUCAAUAAGGGAGCUAUUGAAAUCCUGCUGCAAGUAAUGAGAAUGAUUAAUGAAAUUAAUGAAGAUGGUAUUCGAUUUUCCAGUUCAGGACAUCUCUUGGUCCAGCUCACUGCCACUUUACGAAACUUGGUAGACUUACUUCAGUCAAGGUGCAAAUUCCUUGAGUAUGGAGCUAUUCCAGAGCUCUGCCUCACAUUGGAGAAACGUAUGAGUGACAAAGAUGUAUGUACCAAUGUGGCCAGAAUAUUCAGCAAACUUUCAUCCUUCAAUGACUGCUGUACAGCUUUGGCAGAUUGCUCCAGAUGUUAUGCCUUAUUUUUAGCCCUGCUAAACAAAUAUCCAACAAAGCAGGACUUAGUUAUCCGUAUCAUUUUCAUUCUUGGCAAUUUAACAGCAAAAAACAAUCAAGCCCGGGAACAAUUUUUUGAGGAGCAAGGAAGCAUUGAUACACUCAUAGCACUUUUCCAGACUUACCUUGAAAAGGUUCCUAAUCAUAAAGUGUGGAAAGAUGGUGAAAUAAAGAAUCUCAGACACCCUUCUGAAGCAGAAGACAUUCUCAUUAAGCUGAUAAGAGUGAUUGCCAAUCUGUCCAUUCAUCCAAAUGUAGGUUCAUCUUUGGCAACUAAUCAUCACAUUGUGGCAUUACUUAUUACAGUACUUGAGUGCAAGUCGGUUGAGGAAUGUGAGGAACUGGUUAUUAAUGCCAUUGCAACAAUCAACAAUUUAUCCUUUUAUCAAGUGAAGAAUUCCGUAAUCCAAGAGAAGAAAUUACAUAUUGCAGAAUUGCUUUUAAAGAUGUUAAUGAGCAGUCAUAUGGAUGGAAUUCUGGAGGCUAUUCGUGUCUUUGGCAAUCUUUCUCAAAACCAUGAAAUCUGCAAUUUUAUUAUACAGCGAAAAGUGUACAAAUUCAUGAUUGCUUUGCUUGAUGCCAAGCAUCAAGAUGUCUGCUUUUCAGCCUGUGGAGUUCUCCUCAAUCUUACCGUGGAUAAAAGCAGGCGGAGUAUUUUGAAUGAAGAAGGAGGAAUUAAAAAAUUGAUCGAUUGCUUGAGAGAUUUUGGGCCAACAGACUGGCAACUGGCUGGUUUGAUAUGCAAAACUUUGUGGAACUACAGUGAGAAUGUUACAAGUAAUGACCCCUGCUUUGAAAAUGAUGACUCAAACGGUCUACUAGUUCUUCUUAUGACAUUUCUUGAUGAAGACCUGGCACUAGCUUACAGUUUUGACAGUGACUUAAGAGAAUAUCACAAACUUUAUUGGGAAACAGAGUUCAAACCUGUGGCACACAAACUUCUCCAGAGAAUUCAAAACUGAAAAUCAUUACUUGAGUUCCUAAUAUUGCGUUUCAAGAUGGGUGUUGAAUCAAUCAAUGCACAAAUCACUUCUGCAGCUGCUUUUGCAAAUCAUUAGAUAUCAAAACAUUUCAGUAUGUUUCCAUGAAAAAUGCCUUUUGCUUUUAAUUUUUCUAUGUAGCAUGUACAUUCAUUGUAGAAUACCUUUUUGUUAAAUUUCCAAUGGCAUUUAGGAAACAUAAAAAUAAACUAAUUGCAACAUCUGAAUUGAGUAUCUUUUUCAUUUAGCUUUUUAACAAUGUUAUGCUUUAUAUUUAAGAUUUUAUAAAAGUUUGCAAAAAUUACUACCAUGGUUAUAAAGUAUUGAUCAAGGAAUUCAGACAGCAUUCAUUGUUAAAUAAUUUUGUUAGGUUUUAAUAUAUAGAAUAGUAUUGCAUUUGGUCAACAAUUUCAAAAUGAAUUUUUAGAUGAUUCAGACUAACAUUCUCCACCCAAUAUUUUAAAAAUGUAUUGAAAAUCACAGUAUAAAUGAAAAUUUUUACUUUUAAACGAUUGUAAAUGUAUUUAUGUGAUAAAAUUAUAAUCCUUGUCCCUUUAUUGAUAAGCCAAUCUGGUAAAGCGAGAUAGUUAUUUGAUUUCACAGAUGAAAUUCAUAAGAGCUGGGAAUAAAAUUAGUAUUUUUAGUCAAAGCCAACUUUAAAAUUGCACAUUUGGCUUAUAUGUUUUGGAUCAGCAUUUGCCUUGCAUUUUUGACUAAAGGAAAUAGCAGAUGCUUCCUGUUGAACUGUCAAGAAUUGCAGUUUAACUUUUGUCGUUUUUCUCUCAAACACAAAUUAGAAAUACACACCAGACACAGCAUUCAUUUGUCUAUUUUGUAAUGAAUUAUACUGGUACUAGUGUACGAAGUAUGAAAAAAAGAGGAAAAUGUUAUUUUUUUAUUUAAACAACCCAGUAAUACUAACAAAGAUCUCAUACAAAAAGUGUCCAUAUAUUUUACACAUGCACGCACUCACACAUGUAUAUCAAAGUCACUUACAGGGUUUUUGUUCUUGUUGUUAUGCUAUUUUCUUGUUUA